UCAUGUCCAAUCGUUGGUUUUUUCGUCGACCAAACAAGGAUCCUUUUCGGAUGACCACUUCACCACCAAAGUGGGUGGUGGACAGCUCUUCUUGUGGGGGUGACAAGAGGGAUAGGGAGAGGUGUCUCCCGCCCACUACAUUGCCGAGAAUCGAACUGACCGCUUCAAGUCCGACGGCGGGGCAUGUGCCCCCGCUGUCGCCAGUGAAAAAUCUCGGGGUGCCUUCCUUAGUGUUGCAGACAACGGAUAGUUUGGAUAAUAUAGCGCCGCAUAUUCCAAGAGUUCGUGUUGAAUUUUAUGUGAAUGAAAAUACAUUAAAAGAGCGACUUCAAUUAUUCUUCAUUAAAAAUCAGAGAUCAAGUCUCAGAAUUCGUAUCUUCAAUCUGGUUGUGAAACUAGUAGCCUGCCUCUUAUACGUCAUCAGAGUCGUUUUAGAUCGAGGACCACAAUACGCAGUUUGCUAUGAUUGCACACCGAGCAAUGUUACUCUCCCAAAAAUAUUUGAUGAAGGAAUGGUAGAUAGGCCUUCCGAACAUAUCAAUUGGAAUGCUAUUCUAUGGGUAGACCGUCCGUUACCUUUAUGGAGUGUUCAGGUGUCACUGUCUGUCAUUAGUUUAUUAGAGGCCUUACUCAUUGCUUACUUAGGAUAUAAGGGAAAUGUGUGGCAACAGCUUUUAUCCUCCAACGUUAUUCUGGAGUUGGUGAAUAAUGUUCCAUUUGUAGUUACAUUAUGCUGGUCCCCACUGCGAAACCUGUUUAUUCCUGGUUUCCUCAACUGUUGGCUAGCGAAACACGCAUUAGAAAAUAUGUUUAAUGAUCUUCAUAGGGCCAUGCAGAGGUCCCAAUCCGCCCUUUCCCAAAGACUGAUGAUACUUUCAGCAACACUUUUGUGCCUCAUUUUCACAAGUGUCUGUGGUUUCCAACACUUCCAACGUUCCGGCAACUACGAGGUGGACCUUUUCAAAAGCCUCUACUUUGUGGUGGUUACUUUUUCGACUGUCGGAUAUGGUGACUACAGACCAGAUGUUUGGCCAUCACAACUUUUUAUGGUCGUGAUGAUUUGUGUCGCUCUCAUCGUUCUUCCUACGCAGUUUGAACAGCUGGCGUACACAUGGAUGGAGCGGCAGAAGCUAGGUGCCACUUACAGCAUGCACAGAGCUCAAAGUGAGAAACAUGUCGUUGUCUGUAGCACAACAUUACGUGCAGACACCAUCAUGGACUUCCUAAACGAGUUUUACGCCCAUCCUUUACUACAAGAUUUUUAUGUGGUACUUCUCUCCCCUUGUGAGUUGGAUGCUACAAUGAAGAUGAUUCUUCAAGUACCUAUGUGGGCUCAGAGAGUGAUUUACAUUCAGGGUUCAGCUCUCAAAGAUACCGAUCUUACAAGAGCAAGGAUGAAUGCAGCUGAAGCUUGUUUUAUACUGGCUGCAAGAAACUAUGUCGAUAGAAGCGCUGCUGAUGAGCAUACUAUUCUCAGGUCCUGGGCAGUGCGUGAUUUUGCUCCCAACGUUCCUCAGUACGUGCAGAUCUUCCGUCCUGAAAAUAAAGUUCAUGUUGCAUUUGCUGAGCAUGUUGUGUGCGAAGAUGAGUUUAAGUAUGCUCUACUGGCGAAUAACUGCCUUUGCCCAGGAACAUCUACUCUUGUCACAUUACUACUUCAUACAUCCAGAGGACAAGAAGGGCAGACUUCUGGUGAGGAAUGGCAUAGACUCUAUGGCAAGUGCUCUGGAAAUGAAAUUUACCACAUACGCCUUGGAGACAGUAGAUUCUUCGGAGAAUACGAAGGAAAGAGCUUUACAUAUGCAUCAUUUCAUUCCCAUAGAAAAUAUGGUGUAGCUUUGGUUGGUGUACAAACAGAUAUCCCAGACACGUGGCCUAUAAUGUUAAAUCCUGGACCAUCUUAUCAUAUGCAGUCAUCAGAUAUCUGUUUUUACAUGAACAUCACCAAGGAAGAAAACAGUGCUUUUCUUCCUGCAAGUGGCGAGGAGGAAGGAGGGAAACCCUCCAAGAGUCCCCAUGUGUCCAUGCUUCAGCUUCACAUGGGAGAAUCUGAAUAUAAAUCGUUCGAAAUGAGUCCAAUGCGAACGCGGUUCGCUCUAAAACUGAAAAAAAAGUUCGGAAAACAUCUCGAACUGCCCAAAAUGGAUGGUGCAGCUAGCACUGAUAGUUUUAGUUCAUCGCUUGCUAGAGGUAGGCGCCCGAGUAUUGCACCUGUUCCCGCAAUGUUUGGUCAAGACUCUGACUCAGAAGAAGAGGAGGAAGAGCAAGAAGAUAGCAUUAAAGGUCAACAGGAAGAGGAAGAAGAAAAUUAUCUGGAUAUUCCUUGGAUAACACCUGCAGAAAAUUGCGAAAUUGUUAAAGGAUUUCCUCCAGUUUCUCCUUACGUGGGAGUGAGUCCAACGUUGUGCUAUCUACUAAAAGAAAAAAAAGCUUUGUGCUGUUUACAAUUAGCUCAAGUAUGCAUUCACUGCUCUUUCCGAAAUGCCAAAGAAUAUAACUGGCCUAGUCGCUGUAUCAUCUUAGCCGCUGACUUUGCUUCCAAUGGAAUUUACAAUUUCAUCGUACCACUCCGAGCUCACUUUCAUCUUCCACAAACUCUUAGACCAAUCAUCCUCCUCCUCGAAAGACGGCCACAUGAAGCAUUUUUGGAUGCGAUUUCUUGGUUUCCAUUAGUAUAUUGGAUGCAAGGAUCUAUUGACAACUUGGACGAUCUUUUGCGUUCUGGAAUCAAUUUAGCAGACAGUGUAGUGGUGGUGAACAAGGAAUCGACGAAUUCUGCAGAAGAGGACUUUCUGUCCGAUUGCAAUACCAUAGUGGCCGUCCAAACCAUGUUUAAAAUGUUUCCCAGUGUUAGAAUCAUCACAGAGCUCAGUCAAUCUAGUAAUAUGAGGUUCAUGCAAUUUAGGGCUAACGAUACAUAUGCGUUACAUUUAUCUAAAAUGGAAAAGAGUGAAAGAGAAAGGGGUUCUCAUAUCUCAUAUAUGUUCCGAUUGCCAUUUGCAGCGGGAUGUGUGUUCAGCGCGAGUAUGCUGGAUACUUUAUUAUACCAGGCAUUCGUGAAAGAAUACAUGAUAACAUUUGUACGGCUGUUGUUGGGAAUCGAUCAAGCCCCAGGAUCAGGUUUUCUCUCAUCUAUGAAAAUAACGAAAGAAGAUUUGUGGAUAAGAACGUAUGGACGACUUUACCAAAAACUUUGCUCAUCAACUUGCGAAAUUCCUAUUGGAAUAUACAGAACACAGAUAGCUGGACCAUGCGAAGCUUCAACGGUAUCCCUGGAGCUUGCAGACAGUGAAAGAAAUCGCAUAACUUCAGAUAUUGAAAGACAAGAAAUUAGUAAUUUAGUAAAGAAUCGUAUGAUGGAUUUAAGGUUGCCAACAGAAGAUUAUGAUGAUGUAUCGGAAAAGAGGAAUGGCCUUUCUUACGUGAUAAUUAAUCCUAGCUGUGAUCAGAAACUGGAGCUAGGGGAUGUGAUAUUUCUAAUACGGCCAAGUCCAAUCUCAAGUGUUAAGAUCUUCAUGAAGAAAGGUUCAGUUAGAGGAAAAUCAGCGCCAAAACAAAAGAAGAAAAGAAACUCUUCAGACGAGUCUCUACAAGCAGAGCCACUUUUAGGCGAACAAGCCCAGCAUGAGAAUGGCACAAUACACUUACCCAACAGAAGCAAAUCUAUAGACGUUGAAAUCACGCCACCAGCUGACGGUAUGAAGGGAACAAUAGUGUGAUCACCAGUUAGAAUGUGAUUAUUUUUAAACAUAAAUGUAUAUCAAUAUUAUUGAGGAGUACAACACAUUGUACAUAAAAUACAUGACACACAAGAAACUUAUUGAAGAGCACAUGAAAAAACAUGACUUCCUAAUUAAGCUUGUGUAUAUUUAUAUUCCAUUUUGAUAUAACAUGAAACAUGCACAAGACACAAUUCUUGUACGAUUAAGCUGCAUUAAUUUCCUGCAGCAACAAGCAUAAAUGCAUAUCUCACAUCAAAAUCAAAUAGGGCAACAACAAAAAAUAUUUUACUGAUUUUAUAUUUAAAAUGAAAUGGCAGAAAAGGUACUAGAUAAAUUGAAUAAUUUACUAAACUAUUAACUUGGACGGCGCCAAUCAAACUUAUGCAGGGCCUAUUUAGAAUGAAGUCUAAAUUUGCAAAACACAAUUUAUUAAAUUAAUAACCAUUAAAGAUAUUUGAAUAAGUCAAUUAUUAUUUUAACCGUGUUUCUACAGUAAAUUAUUCAACUUAAUAACAGAACAUACCUAUUCAAUAUUUUUCACAGAAAGAUGUCCCGUUAUAAUAAAUAAAUAAAACCUUGCUCACAU